UAAGGCAGUUUCGAAUUCAUAUCGACACAAAUAACCGGUGAUUUAUUCAUUAUUGAAAGAGUUUUGAUUUAGGUGGUUCAAUGAGUAUAAAUAUAAAGUCAAGCAUCGGAGUAUCAAUUAUAUAUUUCGAUUAGUUGCCUGCCUUCUCGGUGGCCUGUUUGCUUUAAAAAUUGGCGAUCAAAACUUUCAAUCGAAUACGCAUCUUAUUUGAAAAGCAUUUCGUCUUGCAGGGACUGAGAUUCAUUGUAAAGAAUUGAUAAGAUGGGACGGGGAAAGUUCUGGGGCACUCUGCUGCUAUGUUCGCUGACAUCUCUCCUGGUGUUUCCAGCGGUGCCGGCGGCAGCGGGCCAGGGAACCACUGGAAAGAGUAGAGCAUCGCAGCCAGGAGCUUGGAGGGAUUCCAUAUUGACCAGAGGGGUAAAUGGCGGGACCGCUUGCGCUGCGUGUUCAAUCUUGGUAUCCCUAUCCGAGCAGAUAGCCGAGAUUCAUAAUGAAACCAUAGUUCAAGGAAUCAAAAGGAUAUGCUCCUACCUGCCAGACACAUUUCAGACGACUUGCAACAACUUCGUGGAAAUAGCAACACCGAUCCUGAUAGAGAUGGCCUUCGAUGAGUUCAUCACACCAGAUGUGGCUUGUCGGCUUCUCAACCUCUGCUAUACGGAUCCCGGGAAGCAGACCUGCCACAUCUCUGCCCUGCCGAGCGCUGGGAUGGAGCGGGCCGUGGAGAAAGCGAGAAGGAGACUGAAGCACUAUAAAAGAACCUUUCAGAUGAAGCCCGUCGGGAUUGAUUGCGCGGUACUACCUAUCUUCAAGGAGCUAUGCGAACUCCUUAAAACGAGUUUCGGAGAUAAUCAUCUUCCGAUUGUAGAUGUUGACCAGGACAGAUACAGCGUGUAUAAGACACUUCGAGGUUCGCAUUGGAGAGGGAAAGACUGUUCAGAUUUUCAAUCUGAUCUUCACCCGGGCAUCAAAGCCCUUAAACAAGACGAGGUAUUGGAUUCAAACUGCAACGGGAUAUAUGUGAGUUUUUCUUUGCAUUCGUAAUUUGUUCGAUCUUAAACCUCUCCUUCGUUUGUCUCUAUAAAAGUUGACAUUUUUGUUUUCAAUAGCAAAAUAUAUACCACCCCUUUAGAGAAAACAGACUAUUUUGGAAAAGAUUUGAGGUUGAAUAUCUUUGUAUGUUCGAAUUGACUGUUUGCUUUACAACAGCAAUAAAAAUCCCUUUAUGUUAUAAUUUAAUU